GUGAGCAGGAGGAGUUAGACAAACAGGACAAGUGACCGCCUGCAGACCGCUCCACUACUCACUCUCUUCUCCAGACAUGAGCAGCCCCGAUGGUGGCUACGCCAGUGACGACCAGACCCAAGGAAAGUGCUCGGUGCCAGUGAUGAUGUCGGGACUGGGGCAAUGCCACUGGGCAGAGCCACUGAAUUCCAUGGCAGAGGGCAAGAUAAAGGGUGAAUCCGGAUCUGCCAACCCUAGGAGCAAAGCUGAGGCUCGGAUCCGCCGCCCUAUGAACGCCUUCAUGGUCUGGGCUAAAGACGAGCGCAAGAGACUGGCCCAACAGAACCCGGACCUACACAACGCGGAGCUCAGCAAGAUGCUUGGUAAGUCUUGGAAGUCCCUGACUCUGUCAGAGAAGCGCCCAUUUGUGGAGGAAGCAGAGAGGCUGAGGGUGCAGCACAUGCAGGAUCACCCCAACUACAAGUACCGACCAAGGAGGAGGAAGCAGGUCAAGAGGAUGAAGAGAGCCGACAAUGGCUUCAUCCACAUGUCCGAGCAGCCAGAUGCUGCUGUUUUGGCCAGUGAUGGAAGGAUCUGCCUGGACAACUUCAGCCUAGGUUAUAGUGACCAAAGUUAUCACCAUAGUCAGGUCCCACAAACCGGCCACUACAGAGACCACCAGCCAAUGGCCAGUCAUUAUGACAACUACAGUCUGCCAACACCCGAAUCCUCACCUCUGGAUUUGGCUGACAGUGAUGCCGUGUUUUUCACAUCUCCUGCCCAAGAAGAUUGUCCGAUUAUUCCUUACAGCUACAAUGCCACCUACUCCCACCAGCAGAAUCCUGUGAGUACCAUGAUGGGAAGACAAAUGCCACAGAGUGAGCAGAUGGGUCAGGGUAGCCCAGUACAGACAAUGAUGGGCUGUCAGACCCCGCCGCAGAUGUACUAUGGUCAAGCUUACCUAUCCAGCAGGCACCACCAAAUGGCACAGCCUGGACAGCCGUCCCCACCACCUGAGGCUCAGCAGAUGGGCAGAAUAGAUCCCACCAUGCAUCAAGCUGACAUUUUGGGUGACGUUGACAGGACUGAAUUUGAGCAAUACCUGAGCUAUGUAACAAAGGCAGAUAUAGGGAUGCAUUACCAUGGGCAGGAACAGACUGUGCCCAGCGCAGAGAACGGGCUCAUAUCCUCCAUUCUGUCCGAUGCCAGCACCGCCGUGUACUACUGUAAUUACUCCAAUGUAUGAAACACCGGUCCCGUGAUAUCGAACAGUAUUUAGCUUAAUUUUCAAUACUGGAAAAUUUACCUUUAAGUCGUUUCAGACUUAACCUUUGAACGCCAGAGGUGCUCAAACGGUUAUUUUUUUAAAAAGAAAAUAAGAAUAUUUGUAAAUAAUGUAAUAUGGUCUAAUUUAUGUAACUUAUUGCAUAUAGCGGAAGGGUAUGCAAUUUUAGCAUUUGGACAAUAUAACUCUCAUUCCCAGGCAGUGAGCCUUUCGAGGACAGUAAAUUGCUGUCUUCCCUUCUUAGAUUAUAUGAGAAGGCACCCAAAUCUACUUAUAUUUUGAAGAUCGAAACAUUGAGUUUGAGCUUCAAUAUCAUCUCAUUGAAUGCAAUGGCAAAACGCUGUGAUUUUUUUGUGUACAUGUACACGGGUUCUUUCAUGAAAUUGUAAUUAUUGUCGGUAUUUUUACAGUUUUUUUCUUAUUUUGCACUUUUCUUAAAUAAACUACAUAAAUUUAAAAAAAA